AUGGAUCCCGAGCUCAUCCAUUGUCCGGGGCCGUCCCUUUGCCCGUCCAAUGGCCGGGACCUUUUCGCUGCCCGACCUGAUCCUGCCAUUGUGCAUGGCGGUUCGGACGGUGUCUUCGCGCCCGCGGAUGUCGUGGUGACGGAAGUUUUCUUCGCACCGCGUUACACCUUUGACGAUGACAUGGAUCGAGGCUGCAGGCGUGAUGAGCGAGGCGCAAACGGACGGAAGAGGACAUAUGGCCCCCACGGACACCCCGGCAUAUGUCCUGCCUCUUUGGGCCUCGCUUACCGAAAGGCGCGGACGCUGCUUUUGGGCCCUCGCUCAGAUCUCAUCGCCGAGCGCGUUCGUACAAACGAUUGGCUGGGCGGGGGCAGGCGCCCGCUCGUCCAAGCGAGAAAUGGCUACCAGAUACGGAUGGCCUUGUUCAUGGGCGGUCGGUGGGAUUUGUAUUUUCGGUCGGUGGACGUUUUGGCCAGGCAGCGCCCGGGCAGGCCCUCGGACGCAAUUACAAUUAAUAUAACCGCGUAUGCGAGGCUGGAGGGGGGUGUCGCGUUGCGGCGACGCGAGAGUGAGAGGGCCGGGAAAGGUAGGGGGCCGACCCGAGGCAAUGGGCGGGCGCCAGAAGGUCGAGUUUUUAAUUAUGCAGAAGCACAAUGCGGCCGGGCUAGGCGAGGAGGAUGCCGGGAUGAGGAGGCCUCGGGGAGGGAUCGGGCCGUGAGAGCCAAUGGGGAACGCGGGGGGUGCAGCGGUGCAGCGUCGGUGGACGGGCAGCCCCGCGCGCUAGCAGAGGACGGAUCGUGUCUGCGCGGGCGGUGCGAGCUGUGCCGCGGCAGCGCCCAGAUACCGCAAGGACAGACGACAAUGUGGGCUGUGACGGCAUGCGCUGGGACUAGCCCUGGCACGAGCACUGGCAGGAGGUGGACGCGAACACUGGUCUUGUCUGGCGUUUCAGGCGUGAUCAGACGGUGGUUCGCUGCCAUUGGCAAACGCUUCCCGGUCGCCCGAGGCCUCUGA